AUGCGGGUGCCCCUGGGCGCGCUGGCGGGCGCGGCGGCGCUCACCGGGGCGCUCAGCUUUGCGCUCCUGGCCGCCGCCAUCGCCACCGACUUCUGGUACAUCAUCGACACGGAGCGGCUGGAGCGCGGAGGGCCCGGGGCGCAGGAGCAAAGUCAGGGUGCCAACACGAGUCAGCUGGAACCCCUGAGCUCCCACUCGGGGCUCUGGAGGACCUGCCGGGUCCAGAGCCCGUGCACUCCCCUGAUGAACCCCUUCUGGCUCGACAACGUCACGAUGAGCGACUCGAACCGCCAACUUCUGACCAUGCACGGUACCUUCCUGAUCCUGCUGCCUCUCAGCUUGAUUCUCAUGGUGUUCGGGGGCAUGGUGGGUUUCCUCAGCUUCCUCCUGCGAGCUGCACGUCUGUUGCUGCUCACCGGGUCGCUCUUCCUUUUUGGAGCUCUGGUGACCCUGGCGGGCAUCAGCGUGUACAUCGCCUACUCGGCGGCCGCCUUCCGCGAGGCGCUGUGCCUGCUGGAGGAGGAGGCGCUGCUGGAGCAGGUGGACAUCCACUUCGGCUGGUCCCUGGCCCUGGGCUGGGGCAGCUUCGUCGCUGAGCUGCUCACUGGAAUCGCCUUCCUGUCCGCCGCCCGCCUGCUCAGCCUUCGGAGGGUGCAGGAGGGGCCCCUCUGACC